UCCGGGUGAGAAUGGCAGGUUCCACGGACGAUCAGGAAUUCUGUCUAAGAGAAGUGCUUGAUGUUUUCAAGUCAUGUCUUACAGAAAACAAAGAAGUUGUUAUAGAUAACUAUGUGGCAGGAUGGCGAGGACUUGUGCGAUUCAUGAACAGUCUGGGAAGUGUGUUCUCCUUCAUCUCCAAAGAUGCAGUGAGUAAAAUCCAGGUCAUGGUGAACUAUCGCAACGGGAAGAAUGGGGAGCAGUACGCCACCAUCCAGUCCAUGGUGACUUAUGAGCUGGAAAGCGAGCUUGUGGACCUCGCCAAACGUGGCAGCUUUCCGGAGUCGGGCUGCCGCACUCUGCUGAGGCUGCACCGAGCGCUGCGUUGGCUCCAGCUCUUCCUGGAGCGGCUGCGCACCAGCGCGGCGGACAGCAAGACCUCCGUCAUGUGCGCCGACGCCUACAACGAGUCCCUGGCCCAGCACCAUCCCUGGAUCGUUCGCAAGGCUGCCGGCGUGGCUUUCUGUGCGCUCCCAGGGCGAGCCACGUUCUUCGAAGUGAUGAAUGUGGGACCCCCUGAGCAGGUGGUGGCCAUGCUAGGUGAUGCCUUGCCCCUCAUCUCAGAGGUGUACCAGGUGACAGAAGACCUGUAUGCCAAGCACAAUCUGUUGAACCUGCCCUAGUUUGGGGAUUGCGGCAACUGGACUAUGGAUGACCUUCUCUGCUAGGUAGCUGAUGUGCAUCCAAGCCAGCGUCCGGUUGCGCAAACCUCGGCAUUCCUUUAUUGUACCCGGAACAUUGGUUCUUUCCUGUGGUUCUAGCAGCGUAUAGCAUGCGCAGGCAUUCGGUUUCCUUCAGCACAUAAACACUUGAUUGAACUCACAUUACUGACACAGAUGGCUAAUUGUAAUAUUUAUCAGUUCAAAGGAAGCUGGAGAAUAUGCAGACGCACAACUGGAAAUGGAAACUGUACAUUAAUAGGGUAGAGAUCUAUCAAGUACUGGGACUUGAAUAAGUUGGUGUAACCUGGUUUGUUAAGGAUAUGGGGGUCAAUGUGCACUUUAGUGGACUGCUUGUACAAGGGAUUCUAGCAACUUUGGUGCAACUUCACCUGUAAAUCUCGUUUUCAAAGCCAAAGCACAUGUUCCCUUGCUCAAAAGGUUCACUCACUACUGAUCAUUACCUGAAACGGAUACGUUAUUGUCUCAAAAGCAGAACUACCUUCUUGUAUAUUUUGAAAGAGUAGUAUGAUAGGAAAGUUGUUAUUUUUCUGAAAUGCAUGCAUAAAGGAUCGGAUGGUCUCGGACAAGGUAUUCGUGAAUGUAUAAUAAAUUAAAUAUUCAAGUAUGUUUAUUAAAAACACGUUUUAUAUUAUGGGUUCAUCGCCUAAGGGAUAGAGAUCAGUGCUGUAAGAAGCCUCAUUUGAGUAGCUUGACAAAGAACACAAACCUUAGAGUACUGUACUCCUUCAGAAUACUCAAUAGUUCAUGUCUGAUUGUCAGCUGUGGUGCAAAUACUCUUACAGAGAAAACCCUUUAAGCUUCACUUUUUUUCAUUUGAAGUUUUUGUUAUAAUUUCAGGUAUAUGUAUUAAAACCUUCCUGUAGGUUUUCCGGUUUUCAUUCAGUACCGUGGUAAAUGUGUUUGCUGUCACAAACAGAACAGUGUCUUUUCAUUAAAG